GUACAGCGAAAAAUACUACUGUGAGUCGUAGUAAUGGCAUAUGAAGUUAGUGGCGUCACGAUUUUACACGCUUGUGUAGUUUUUAUAAUAGUGUAAAAGUGUUGUUGUAGGGCUGGAAAGGUAGUGUUUUUCUCCAAUAGAAUGGUAAAAAAUGCCAAUGAUUGCAACUUGCAAUGAACUUUGAAAUGUGUUUGAAAACGUGCAUACAAAUGGUUUGUUCGAGCACUAGCGCAGUAUGUUUUGUGAAUUUGCCGCUAGCUCUGUGAAAUAUGACAUCACUAAGCCGCCAAAGAGUGUAAAGAAAGUUUGUGAUGGUUCAAAAGUCAAUAGAAAUACGUAGUUCGGUUUUGUUUACUGGAGCGUUGCGGUUGUUGUGCUUGGGUGUGGGCACACGUUAUAACCUGUUUCAAAUACUGUUAGCAGUCAGCUGACAAAGUGUCAACAAUAACAAAGCGAAAUACUGAGAAACAAAUCAACAACCAAAACGAACUAAUUGAAGAAAAGUCGUUAUUAACUUGAAAUUUCUAAAAUAAGUGUAUCUCCAACAAUUACAACAGUAAUUUUACAUUUGCCCAUAUACAAUUAACGCACAUAUGGACUAUAACCAUAAAGCAGCGCCAGAUGGCAGUUGACAUAUUGAGCGCGCUGCGGCGGACGUGUAUAAAUUGAGCAGCGCGCGCAUAAGUCAACCUCCAGCGUCAAAGAAACGUCGUGAAAGCGUCAAUGAUCGACCGACUGAUCGCUUGCCCGUGCGCGAGUGAGUGAGCGUGUGUGAGAUUGUGUAAUUCAGGCAGCGCGUACAUAAAAGCAAGCAAGCGCUUUUUGCUGUAGAAUUGGCGCGACUGAUCGAUCGACCGUGCGGUUGACGCGUGUACGACAUACUUAAUUAGCCCAUAACGCCCCUAAAAAAGAAAAAAAAUAAUUGUGAUAAAAACCAACUUGUUAAAAAAUUAUGUGUACGUAAAUAAGAUUAUAAAUACAUAAACGUAUAAACAUUUGCAAACAAAAGGCCAUAACAAUAAACAACACAAUACAGCACAACAUUUGGCAGCCAAUCAGCUAUGACGCAUGACAGUUUGCAAGCUCAGGCAACAGCUUUUAAUUCCCGUACGCCAGUGAAUUACGAAAACUCCACACUAACUAUGGCUUCCACUACACCUGCGACGUCGCUUGGCGUGGCUGCGCUGCCGCGUAAGAAUUCCGAUUCGCAUAUCGCGCGUGUAAAAGCACAAAAAAAUCAGUCAAAUCUUUUUCUAAUCAAAUCGUACAGUUUUAUUGACAAAUCUUUGAAAAACCAUGCGCUGCCACAAAAGUCAAAGAGUACAUUAGAUAAUCUAUCUAGUUUACGCCAAACUGGCGCGCUGCUACUCGAUGAUACACAUACCGGUAAGGCGUUCGAAAAUGCCAAAGCAGCGAAUAAUAAGAAAAAAACGAAAUCGAAAAAAUCGAACGAUUCAGUGGCAGGCUUACGUCCUUUACUGCGCCAUCCUUCUGUGAUAGCUGAGGGAGUAGUGAGCGAAACGCCCGUGCGCCCCAAAUCGUUGCCCAUUCCAACAGCAGCCCACAGCCAUACGCAGCCAGACAGUGCGGCGCCACCGCUGCGGCACAACAAAUCAGACAAAUGCGUACCAAACGUUUUUAAGCGCGAAUCAUUUUUACGUCACAGCCUGCAAUCGAUACGCCGUAGUUUUCGCGCGCACACAAAGUUUACCGGUUUCGGGUAUCAUGCCACAAAUUCUAACGCAUCUACAACGUCCGCAUGUUCGAAGGCGUCUAAAACAUCUUCAGCCGCAUCAUCAUCGUCGAAAUUUUCUGUGUCUUCCUCCACUACCUCGUCAACGUCGGCGACUUCUGCUGAUGCGGCCGAUGUUUUAAGGCACUCCAACUGCAAUGGCGAAAUAUGCAGCAAACGUGGAAAGGUGGGCAUUACUAUUAGGUUGAAUGGUAAGACCGCCAAUCGGACGGAGGAAGAAGAUGAAUUCGGCGACUGUACGAGUGAGGAUUUUGGUGCCAAACGCAGAUUACAUUUGGCGGACGACGGUGUGGCUUGCUGUCAAAGCGUCAGUACAUUUGCUGCAACUCCCAUCGAUUCUACUUCCAUGGCACCAUUGCAAAGCCACGCUGAAACGCAAAGUGUCACAACGUUAAAUUUGCACGAAAAAGACGUCUCGCCGAUCGGCAGCAAUUCGAGCACAACGCAACUCUCGCGAAAGCAACUGCGACAUCAGCGCAAUAACUCCAAUCAAAGUGAUUACUAUACCGCAGCCUAUUUGGCGACAACAUCGGACAGUUCAACACAGAAUUUGAGCAAUUGUCGAGGUGAAGGGAGAUCGUUAAACCCAUUAGCACCAAGCGAGUCUAGAACCAGCAUACGCAGCAUCAGCCCAACGUCGCGUAAAAGUGCCACUAGCAGUAAUUGGAGCGGCCACACCACGGCGAAGCAUGAGCAAUCGACAGCGGCAGCAACAGCUGCUGCUGCUGCUUCAACGAUGGCGGUCGAAAAGGAGAAGAAGCGUAAAGAGGUCUCCAGUUCGCGUGUGAAGAAAUUUCAUCGGCACUUUACGCAGGUGUCCAAGGAUGAGAAGCUCAUCAAUUAUUUUUCUUGUGCGCUUGUCAGCGACAUUCUGCUCCAAGGACAUCUUUAUAUAACGGAUCAGCAUUUCGCAUUCUAUUCAAAUGUGUUUGGUUAUGUGACCAAGGUUGUCAUUCCCACGUCGUCCGUUACAAAAAUCUCCAAAGAGAAGACGGCAAAAAUCAUACCGAAUGCCGUGGGUGUCGCCACCGCCGAUGAAAGGCAUGUGUUCGGUAGCUUUAUUAGCCGCGAGGCAGCCUUCCGCCUAAUGUGUAGUGUUUGCCCGCCACUAGCACCUGCCGAAAUUCUUCCAAAAAUACCCGCAGAAAUUGAAGUUUCCGAAGAAUACUCUAUUGAGGAUGACAGCAGUUGUUCGAUCAGCGGCAAUGAGAGUCCACCGCAAGCACUGGCCGCAGUAGCAGCUGCUGCCGCUGGUAGUAUGAACGAACUUGGUCAAACGCUAAUUCGGCGUAAUUUAGCUGGAUCCAGUCAUAGCAUUGCCGAGGGCAAAACAACUGCACAUGAAAACCAUCGUCAUUCCGAUAUUCCAGUAGAUGCCAAACAAGCCGGCGCCUUCUCCAACUCCAAUUCAGCGUCAUCUACGGCAAGUCACAACUCCAACAGCGGCAAAAGCGCCACCUCCGUUGGCACAAACGCCAACUGCAACGACGGCAUUGUGACCACAGGUAUAGCACUGAUAGUUGCCGGCACCGCCUCUUCCACCACAUCAGCUUCAUCAUCACCCACGCCAUCAACAUCGUCUUCGUUGCCUACUACAGUGAUGGCUGGCACACCUAGAUCAGCUGCGCACGCAGCUGUGUCAAGCUUUAAGACGCUCAGGCAAAAAGCGCUGCUACGCUUGAAAUUCCCCACGGAAUUACAUGUGGUUUACUUGGGUGUGCUGCUAACCAUGGUGUUGACGUUAUUCUCCGUGUUCCUGCUCUAUAGAAUACUGGAUAUUGAGGCGAAAACGAGCGCCCAUACGCCAACGGAAUUCAAUUGGCAGCGCUCCGGUAACGAUGACGAUAUAUUCGCAGAAGCUUUGCGUUGGCAAAAGGAACUGCAGGCAAAAAGUACUGAAGAAGCUCAGAAUAUACUUACACACAAUUUAGAACAAAUUGCCAAGGUGCGGCGCAGUCUAGAAACACUCUCAAUGCUAAUCCAUGACCGAAGUUCAGCAUAUGCAAAUCGCGAUGAUAGUGACUGAAUUUAUAUUUUAAAUUAAAAUAUGUUUAUAACCACUAAAUAUUGAAGAAAAAAUUUAACACCUACACAUACAUACAUAAUACAUAGGUACACAAUGAUUUUUAAGGAAAUGAACUACUAUUAUAUUAAAAAAAAAUAUAUAAUCCAAAAAACAUGGAAUAACCAGAUUGAAGGCAGAAAGGAAACGAAAAGCGCAGCUAGAAAGUAAAUGGAAGAAGUUAAAAAUCUUUUAUAAGCAUUAAACAAUAAAAUUAUAAAAAGCUCUUGGGCAGCAGAAACAAAGCAGCAGUUAAUCCUUAGCUUAGAAACAAAUAUCAAGCACAUUAGUAUUUGAAAAGCACAUUGAAAGUGGAAAUACAUACAUACAUAUUACGAAAAAUUGCGCAGUCAACAAAAAAAGAAAAAACCAAUCAAAGCCUUUCUCAAGGCCUCAUACGUACGCAUAUUUUGAAAAGAGUCUUUGCCAGCUUUAAACAUUUUAAAAUAUUAAAAUAUUUUGCAAACCAUUUCUUUACACGCGGCUGUGCUUUCAAGUCAAUUCUUAUGGUUCCUAUUAACGGUUAAAGUAUUAUUUUGGCAUUACAUAUAGUCAUGCUUAUGUGCCAAAGGUAUUUUGAAAACGUACGAAGCGAAGAACCGCGACUCAAGGUGGGAAUCCAGUAUUUUAGGCAUUUUGCUCAUUUCAAAAUAUGUGCACAUGUAUGUGUAUGUAUGUAUGUAUGUAAGGUCAAUCAUUUCUAUAUACAAAUUAUAGCAGGUAAUGCAAGUAUGUAUUUAAAUAUAUCGAAAAGCAGCAUGGAAAAAAUAUUAAGAAAAAGGUUUGGAAAACUUAAAUUAAUUAAUUAAAAACUACGGGAAAAGUACGUAUAUAAAUUGCGCUGAAAAUUACAGAAACGUCGCUCUUAUUUUCUUGGCAACAUCGUUGAAUUAUAAACAUGCAGAUAACAGUGAAAUUUGGCAACAUCGCAAAAUUUGAUUGAUUUAACUGAAAGCAUAACAGAAAGUAAUGAAAAUUGGCAACGUAGUUCAUUGAACCCAUAUGAAUGAUAGGAAUAAUUGUCAAAGUCACAUAGCUUCACUGAUCUACGCAUAAAAUGCAGGAUUUUAAUACUAAUAUAAAGGUAAAAAUUUCCGGCUGCGUACAAGUAAAAUAGUGUGCAGAGUUGGCAAUUUUCAAUGGAAAUAUUUCACAUUAUAAGAAUUCUGACAAAUUUAUAUACUAAAGUAAAGAAUGUGUGGUUAUAAUUUAUUUCCAUUGAACUAUUUUUAGUAUGAAGUAGCAAAAAGUUGCCCGUUUUCAAUACACAAAAGGUUGCUGAGCAUAAAAUGUAUUCAGAUUUUUUUCUAGGCUUCUGCGGAAGUCUCAUGUCACUCAGAAUGCGCCAAGCGAGCUGACUUUGGCGUUCAAUAAAAAAAAAAAUAGAAAGCCACACGGUUGGUUGUGUUUCAGUAAAGUGCUUGCCGUAUUUAUUACUCGUAUAUUUAGAAGCUUUUGAAGGCAAAAAAACUAAGUUGACAGUUUCUAGUAAAGUAAAAGUUAUAGGAAUAAACUUUUGUGUGCUGCGGAUUGUAUUUUUGUAUUAUUUCUAUCGUGUAUCUUAUUUUGAAGCCUUUGUAUGUAAAGUAGCAAACAAUGUUGCCAAUUUUUAGUAAAUAAAAAAUUAGAAAAAAUAACUUCUAUGUCCUCUGGAAUGCUAAAAUGCAUAAAAAUUAGCUUUCUGUUGCAUUUUUCGUGAUUCGCUACUUUGCUAGUAAAAUAAGAAGGUUGCCAAUUUUCAGCACAAAAAAAAUUAGAAAAUUCAACAUCUUCAUGUUUCGGUGUUUUCGUUUAAACUUUUUCACUCAACUUCCAUGCAAGUUUUAGAAAAAUCACUAAUAAAAACAAAAAUAAUAGAAAUAAAAAACUUAGGUAGCAUAUUUUGCAGCGCUGCUCAACUAAUGGCAAAUAAAACACACCAUUUUUAACUAUGGUAAUAAAAUAUCAAAUAGUUUCUUAUUCAAGUGUUAAAAGCAUCUAAAUGUUCUACUCUUAUAGUAAGAAAAUGAAAAGUGCUAAAAAAACAAACGUCACUAACCGCAAAUCAAAAAACUCACAAAUUAUUAAAAACACUAAAAAUAAAAAAAUUUACUACGAAAGCAAGUAGAAAACUUUCAGUGACAAAAACAAAGCUGGGACUUGGUGCAAUGUUGGAAACGUUUGUAGGUCACGGCAAGCCGGCGCACACACAAGCGGCGACCUUGCGUGAUGGCGCACGUUAUUCAAAAUUAUUACGUAUAAAAUAAGAAGAAAAAAAUCAUAAAAAUAUAAAUAUUAUGAAAAUACACCCUUUGGCUCAUUAAAGUACAUUUUAUCCAAAUUAAAAAGAGUUCUAAUAAUAGAACUUAAAAUAAAAAUUCACCAAUUUUGGGAAAAUAGCUUCCCAUUUCCCUACCCGUCAUCAUUGUGUGAUUUGUUGUAGACAUACAUACAUAUAUAUUUAAGAUUUCUUUCGAUUUUUACGCUGAGCGCUUCAGCGUUUUCUGUACCCAAAAAAAUUAACGAAAAAUUUGCAUGAAACUGGCUUUCAAAGUUAAUUACUGCAUUUUGCAAAUUUUCCAUAUUUUUUUAUAGAAAUUCAGAAACGAAAGAUUCCCCCUGUGAUACAAUUAAACAUGCAUAUAUAUUUUUAAUUAUAUAAGAAAAUAUAAAAACAAAAAACAUUAAUGCUGCAAAAAUUUGCACUAUAAAAAUUUUUUAAUUGUGUAGCCGUAGAUACGUAUUUAUAAUUUAUUAAGCAAUAAGUUCGAGCGAUUUUAGUUAAAUUUUUUAUAAGUGCAAAACAAAUAUAUAAAUAUUUGUUGUUUAAACUUUGUGUGUAAGCUACUAACUGCAUAAGCGCUUAAUAACUAAGAAUUUUUUUUAGUUUGUAUUUAAAUAAUUUUAGUUGUAAACAAACAAAUUUGUCUAUUAACCCAUUCAUAUGUAUCUAUGAAUUUUGUAUAUUUUUUGUUUGUGUUUUUCUCAACUUUCAACGCUCCUUCGCUCUGCUGUGUCACUAAAUAUUUAAAGAUUUCCAUUAAAAUUGUUUACUAUUGUAGUAUUUUAGUAGUUGUAUGUACUUUUUUGUGAGUGCAAUGUUAGCAUUAAACGAUCACACACACACAUACAUAUUUAUAUUUAAUAUAAAAAAUUGCUUAGUGUGAACUUUUUUAAAGAAAAAAUUUAUUAAAAUGCGAAUUAAUUAUGUGUUUUUGUAUGAUUAUUAACAAAGGAAAGUAUGAAAAAAAUUGUGUAUCUGUAGCUUUGGAAUAACGCAGCCAACGGCAGUUCCAAUACAAUCUACACUUCCAUUGGGAAAAGAUAUAUAAUAUACAAAAAAUAAUAAAUAAUCAUGGAAAAAUGUUUAAAACCACAUACAUACAUACAUACAUACCAGCACUCGAGUAAGUAGCAGUGCAUACGUCUCCGGCUUUACAUACAUAUGUAUGUGUAUAUGCGAGCACAGCAAUAAUUUCUAGUUGACCGCUCAGUUCCCAGUGCCAGAGAGUUUAAAAAAUCAAUUUUUAGUCCAAGGUGUUUCUUGAGUAACAAAUACGUUCUAUAUUCCUAUGUUCAAAAUUUAUUUUUUUUGAAGAAUGUCCAAUAAUCUUGGCUGUUCAUGUUUAAUUAAAAAUUGGUGCCUAAAUUUCUUUGAAGGAGUAAAUUUCUUUGUUUGUAAUAAUUAAACAAAAUACACAGCAAAAAAUGUGCGUUUGGUUUUUAUUAUUUAAAAAAUUAUGUUUACGUAUAAAAAUAUUUACACAAAAUUAAAAAAAAAACAAGUUUAAACAAUUUUUUUUUUAAUUUUUUAUGUUUCCACAUUUUGCAAUGAAAUGUACUUUGUAUAAAGGGAUUUAACAAAAACAAUUUUGUUUUUUUUACCUUUUUGUUAACAUUUUGUACUGACAUGUAAUUUGUAUAGAAGGAAUUUAGCAAAAAUAUUGUUUUAACUCAGUUGGAACUGGGAAUUAAAGAGUUAAACGGAAUUAUUUCAAGCAAAACGAAAUUAAAAAAAAAAAAUUUCCACCCCAGUUUGGCUUUUAUAUUAAGAUAGGGAAAAAUUCCAUACAAAAAAUAUUUUUUGCAAAGAAAAUAAGUAAAAAACAUUAACACCAAGAAGCAUUAAGAGUUACCAGCAAUGAUUGAUAUGAAAAAUUAAAUAUUAAGCUGCAACAAAAACAACAAAAUGAAUAAGGGUAUUUAUGAAAUUUAAAUAAUAAAACAAUGUUAGCAUACAAAAAUAAAAUAGUAUUAAAACAAAUACACAAUAAAUAAUGCAGUUUAGUGCAAACCUA